AUGACAGAAGGUGAUGCGCGCAUCCGGUUGUACGAGGCUUCCGAUGACAAACUGGUCAAGUUCAGCAUCGGAAAGGCUUCAAUGGAGGGUCUCGCUGUUGCUAAUCGAAGUGCCUUUUUCCACCCAUUUACACUGAGUGCCUGGGUGGGCCUGUCGUGCAUCAUGAUCCAAUAUCUCAACUGGUGGCCUAAACCAGAGUACGGGCUCCUUGGUUAUUUGGCACCUCUUCCAGCCUUUGGAAGUUGGGGCGCUGUCAUGCUCUACCUCAUGGAUUGGUUCAACCGCCCACACUUCGAAGAUGCGUCUCUUGACUUGUUGCGAAGACCAGAUGUCGCGGACAUUGCAAAUCAUUACCGGCGGUCUCCCUCCUCAGGCUUUUUCAUCCUCGAAUAUUCGAAAAAGUUCGUCGGUCUCAUAGCCAUUGACGCGUCCAAGGACUCUCAGUCGCAAGACACACUGAUGGACAAGGACAAAGGAAAGCCAUCUUCUUCGCUGAAGUCCAAACAUGCAAUGUCUCAGGGAACAUCAUCCGUUGCUACAAUCCGUCACUUCUACAUCGAAGAGCCAUAUAGGAGAGCAGGAAUUCAAGAGGAUUUACUCGCACAUGCCAUACAACAUACAUUCAAAAUGGAUAACGCAGUCAAAGAGAUCAAGGUGACUACUACCUCCCUGAUACCUUAUGUUCAAAAGUGCAUCCACGACGCCGGGUUUGCGUUGGAAAAGCCUGUGGGCAAGGUUGGUAUUUAUGGGUGGAAAUUUGACCUAUUCGUUCUCCGGAGGGCACAUUGGAACAAACAAAAUGCUGGGACUGUUUCGUGA